AUGUCACACUCAGCUCCAAGGUCUCAGGCGAUCGUCGCCUGCAAUCGAGGCUGCUUCUAUGGUCGCAAGACUUUUAUUUCUUUGAUUGCUAUGGUUUUAGGAUUUGUUGGCACACCUGAAGUUCUUGAGAUAUUUUUUACAAUUGAGAGGGAGAUAGCGCAGAUCGAGAGGUCAGUUCAAUUUAAUUCACAAACAACUGCAGCAACAGAGGCAGAAGGAGAUGGCUUUAAUCCUUCAAAAGGAUUAGGCCAUUUAAAACUAUUCUCCAAAACUCCAGCUCCUGCACCAUCCACACCAGCACCUCCUUGCAGUAUUAAGCAGAGCUAUUACCUCCACCAGCAAUCAGCAGGAGCCUUAGAGAGCCCCGCCUCCUCUACAACUUCUCAACUUCAGACAGCCCAGCAAACACAGCCACAGCCACAUCCUACCACUCAGNCUCCAGCUCCUGCACCAUCCACACCAGCACCUCCUUGCAGUAUUAAGCAGAGCUAUUACCUCCACCAGCAAUCAGCAGGAGCCUUAGAGAGCCCCGCCUCCUCUACAACUUCUCAACUUCAGACAGCCCAGCAAACACAGCCACAGCCUACCACUCAACAUCACAGAAGAUCAGCAAAAGCAUAG